CCGGGAUGUGACCUUCAGAGCCGCCCGCACAGGAUGACCAGAGCCACUGCCCCUCGGCGCCCGCGCCUCGCCACGGCCCCCCGGGCGCUCUGACCGCGCGCGCCCGGCCCCCGGCCCCGGUUCCAGUGCUGGCCCUCGGCCCCGGCCCCGACCCGCCCCGCCCCGCCCCGCCAUGCCGCCCGGACCCGCCGCCGCCCUGGGCACCGCGCUGCUGCUGCUCCUGCUGGCCUCCGAGUCGGCGCACACCGUGAUGCUGCGGGCGCGCGAGGCGGCGCAGUUCCUGAGGCCCAGGCAGCGCCGCGCCUACCAGGUCUUCGAGGAGGCCAAGCAGGGCCACCUGGAGAGGGAGUGCGUGGAGGAGCUGUGCAGCCGGGAGGAGGCCCGCGAGGUGUUCGAGAACGACCCCGAGACGCUCCUGCCAGCAUGUUCACAGCUGCCAGAAAGAGCACCUGGCCAACAGCGGGGUCACUCCUGUGUCUCCAGAGGGUAUGGCGAGGCCCGGCCCCCGGGGAGGCUGAGGACCUGGAGAAGCUUAGGACCCAGUGCAGCCCAGUGGCUUCCUGUCCUGCUGGUGGGCACCCUAGCCACUCAGGAGUACUUUUAUCCAAGGUACUUGGAAUGCAUCAAUAAACAUGGAUCUCCGUACCAAAAGAACCCAGCUUUCGUCACCUGUGUGCAAAAGCUGCCUGACCAGUGCUCUCCAGACCCCUGCAAUAAGAAGGGGACCCACGUCUGCCAGGACCUCAUGGGCAACUUCUACUGCCAGUGCAGAGACGGCUGGGCAGGACGACUUUGCGACAGGGAUGUCAAUGAGUGCAGCCAGGAGAACGGGGGUUGCAGUCAAAUAUGCUACAACCAGCCGGGCAGCUUCCAGUGUGCCUGCCACGGGGGCUACACGCUCUCCCCAGACAGUCGGACCUGCCACGAUGUAGACGAAUGUGUGGAUGCGGGCGCCUGCGGGGCGGCGCGGUGCCAGAAUCUGCCGGGCUCCUACUCCUGCGUCUGCGACGAGGGCUACGUGUUCAGUUCACAGGAGAAGGGCUGCCAAGACAUGGACGAGUGCAUGGAGGAGCGCUGCGAGCAGGUCUGCGUCAACUUCCCCGGGAGCUACACCUGCCACUGCAACGGGCGCGGGGGCCUGAAGCUGUCCCAGGACAUGAACACAUGCGAGGACAUCCUGCCCUGUGUGCCCUUCAACGUGGCCAAGAGCGUGAACUCCCUGUACCUGGGCCGCAUGUUCAGCGCGAUGCCCGUGAUCAAACUGCUCUUCAAACGGCUGCAGCCCACGAGACUGGUGGCUGAGUUCGACUUCAGGACCUUCGACCCCGAGGGCAUCCUGUUCUUCGCUGGAGGCCACCGGGACAGCACCUGGAUUGUGCUGGGCCUUCGGGCUGGCCGGCUGGAGCUGCAGCUCCGCUACCAGGGCGUGGGCCGCGUCACCAGCAGCGGGCCCGUCAUCAACCACGGCUCGUGGCAGACAAUCUCUGUCGAGGAGCUUGAGCGGAACCUGGUGAUCAAGGUGAACAAGGACGCCGUGAUGAAGAUCGCCGUGGCUGGGGACCUGUUCCAGCUGGACAGAGGACUGUACCAUCUGAACCUGACCGUGGGGGGCAUCCCCUUCCAGGAGAAAGACCUCGUGCAUCCUAUGAACCCGCGUCUGGACGGCUGCCUGAAGAGCUGGCACUGGCUGGAUGGUGAGGACACCGCCGUCCAGGAGACGGUCAAGGCGAACGUGAAGAUGCAGUGCUUCUCUGUGACCGAGAGGGGGUCCUUCUUCCCCGGGAGUGGGUUUGCCUUCUUCCACCUGGAUUACGCGCGGACGUCCCCUACCGGCGGGACGAAGACCACCUGGGCAGUGGAGGCUGUGGCUCGGGUCCGCCCUGCUGCAGACACCGGGGUGCUGCUUGCGCUGGUGGGCGACCGCCAGGCCGUGGCCCUCUCCGUGGCGCUGGUUGACUACCACUCCACCAAAAAGCUCAAGAAGCAGCUGGUCGUCCUGGCCGUGGAGGACGUCACCUUGGUCCUGAUGGAGAUCAAGGUCUGCGAUGGCCAGGAGCACAUGGUGACCAUCUCUGUGAAUAAGGACAGGGCCACCCUGGAGGUGGACGGCACCCAGGGCCAGAGUGAAGUGAGCCCAGCGGGGCUGCAGGAGCAGCUGGCCGUCCUCGGGAGACACCUGGAGGGCUCCGUGCUCACCUUCAUCGGGGGGCUGCCAGACGUGCCCGUGACCUCGGCUCCGGUCACGGCCUUCUACCGCGGCUGCAUGACGCUGGAGGUCAACCGGAAGGCGCUGGACCUGGACGAAGCCGCCUACAAGCACGGCGACAUCACGUCCCACUCCUGCCCUCCCGUUGAGCCCGCCGCCUAGGCUUCUGGGCCGCAGACGCCCCGCCCCACGCACGCCGCAGCCUCCUCUCCACCGGAAGGGUGGCGGCCGCGCCCGCGCCCGCGCUGGAGACACUGAACCCUCGCCCACCAAGGCCCUCGGGGCCUCCCUCCCCGUGUGUAACAUACGUGUACAUAGAGGACUAACCUCACCGCCGCCUGAGCGGACCCGGGAAAAGAAUUCUGUUAUUUUUAUCACCAGAUGCUUCUUUCUGACUUAAAACUAUGGAAAAAUAAAAUAUUUACAGAACCUUUCUA